GUCAUGCGGCCCUCAAUUAACAAAGGAAGAAGCUUGGAUGAUUUCACUAAAAUUGAUAAAAUUGGCGAAGGAACUUACGGCGUUGUCUACAAAGGGAUCGAAAAGAAAACCGGAAAAUUUGUUGCGAUGAAGAAGAUCCGAUUGGAAAGCGAGGAUGAAGGAGUGCCAUCGACCGCAAUUCGCGAAAUUUCAAUGUUGCGUGAAUUACGAAAUCCGAACAUCGUGACAUUGGAAGACGUUAUUAUGCAGGAAAGUCGACUUUAUUUGAUUUUCGAAUUCUUACAAAUGGACUUGAAACGCUAUAUGGACAACGUUGCAGAAGGAUCAAUGGAGAAGCAAUUGGUCAAAAGUUUUCUUUAUCAAAUGUGCCAAGCUAUGUGCUUUUGCCACCAGCGUCGAGUUUUACAUCGUGACUUGAAGCCGCAGAAUUUACUGGUCGAUCCUGAGACGCAUACCAUCAAGUUGGCCGACUUUGGCUUGGCCCGCGCUGUCGGUAUCCCAAUACGUGCUUAUACACACGAAGUAGUCACUCUUUGGUACAGAGCUCCUGAAGUACUUCUUGGCGCACAUCGUUACUCGACAGGCAUAGACAUUUGGAGCAUAGGAUGCAUAUUCGCGGAGAUGGCACGAAACAAACCACUCUUCCAGGGAGACUCGGAAAUUGACCAAUUGUUUCGCAUUUUUCGCAUAUUGUCCACACCAACUGAACAGGCUUGGGAAGGCGUUACGCAGUUGCCAGACUAUAAGCCAUCGUUCCCAAAGUGGCGUGACUAUCAUUUGGAACAAAAAAUGGAUCUAUAUUUGGAUAAGAAUGGACUUGAACUUCUCUCGAAAAUGUUUCUCUACAAUCCGUCGGAUCGAAUCUCUGCAAAACAAAUGCUCAAGCAUCCAUACUUCAAUGGAUUGGAUAAAUCAAAAUUACCGGCAGGCGAUUAUGAUGGACGUCUCAUUUUAGAUGACGGAAAUUGA